CAGUCAUUUGGACAUUCCAAGCGUGGCCUACAGUUGCUGUUUUAAUUCUAUCUCUAAUAGACUUUAAAUCUCAAUCCUUAUUUUAAUCUCUUUUUCAAAUCCCUCUCUAUAAAGUGUAAAACAGUGUUAUACAUAUGCCCGUACGGAGCUGGCCUCUGUCCUCGGCAAAACGCGCCUCGUCCGUCCGCGCAUUUUACAACACGGCCACACCAACGCAGCGACAUGGACACCGCCGCCGCCUCACUCUUGCCCCGCGCCGCCGCCGUGAAGACCCGACGCGUUUUCUCUCCUCUCCAUGUUUCCCGGAGCGGUCUCCUUCCCCGUCAAAGCUCCUUCCUCGCUGCUCGCUGUGCCCACUCCCGUGCCCCUCCUCCACCUCCGCCUCUCCCUCGCGCCGAUUGCGAUGAUGCUGCCGCCAAGGCGCACCCGCGCCUCCGUCUCCGCCUGCUUGCGGAGGAGUUCCGCGCACUCCCAUCUGACGCAGACCGCGCGCGCCGGCUCCUCUCCCUCGCGGCCGCGCUGCCGCGGCUCCCGGAGCCCGACCGCGCCCAGGGCAACCGCGUCAUGGGCUGCGUCGCGCGGGUGUGGCUCGUCGCCCGCUGCAACGCGGCAACGGGCUGGCGGAUGUGGUUCGCGGCGGACUCCGACUCUGACCUCUCGCGUGGGUACUGCGCCUGCCUCGUCGCCGCGCUGGACGGGGCCGAACCUGAGGACGUCCUCGCCGUCGACCCCGCCGAUCCCGACCUCGCGCCGCUCGGGGCGGGGACAACGGCGGCCCGGUCGCGGGCCAGCACGUGGCAUAACGUGCUUGUCGGCAUGCAGAAGCGGGCGCGCACGGCCAUCGCGGCGCGCGAGGGUAGACACCCCGGGAAGCCGUUUCCGUCGCUCGUCAUCGCCCGCGACGGCGCCAUCCGCGCGCAGGGCAGCUAUGCGGAGGCCCAGGCGCUGUUUUUAUCCCCUGAUGAGUCCAAGGUUUCAGGCCUUGUGAAUACCCUUAAAGAGAAAAAAAUUGGGGUUGUUGCACACUUUUAUAUGGAUCCUGAGGUGCAAGGCAUACUCACUGCUGCAAAGAAGCAGUGGCCCCACAUCCAAAUAUCUGAUUCCUUGAUUAUGGCAGAUAGUGCUGUUAAAAUGGCUGAAGCAGGAUGCGACUAUAUUACAGUUCUAGGUGUUGACUUCAUGUCAGAAAAUGUUCGGGCAGUACUUGAUCAAGCAGGAUUUAAUAAGGUUGUCGUUUAUAGAAUGUCCAGUGAACAGAUUGGCUGUUCAUUAGCAGAUGCUGCUUCAAGUUGUGAAUAUACUCAUUUUUUGAGGGAAGCUUCGAGAUGUUAUCCGUCUUUGCAUGUUAUUUACAUUAAUACUUCGCUGGAAACAAAAGCUCAUGCUCAUGAACUUGUUCCUACAAUAACUUGCACCUCUUCUAAUGUUGUUCCAACUAUAUUACAGGCAUUUGCCCAAAUACCAAAUCUUAAUGUCUGGUAUGGUCCUGAUUCAUAUAUGGGUGCAAACAUAGCAGAUUUAUUCCAGAGAAUGGCUACAAUGUCAGAUGAAGAAAUUGCAAAAAUUCAUCCAGACCACAACAGAAAAUCUUUGAGUUCAUUACUGCCACGCCUACACUAUUACCAGGGUGGUAACUGUAUGGUACAUGACAUGUUUGGCCAUGAGGUUGUGGGGAAAAUAAAGGAACAAUAUUGUGAUGCAUUUCUAACAGCACACUUUGAGGUCCCUGGAGAAAUGUUCUCUUUGGCAAUGGAAGCAAAACGGAGAGCAAUGGGAGUUGUUGGAUCCACUCAGAAUAUCUUGGAUUUCAUUAAGGAUCAUGUGAUGGGAGCUCUGGACAGAAAUGUAGAUGAACACCUUCAGUUUGUGCUAGGAACAGAAUCAGGGAUGAUCACUUCAAUUGUUGCUGCUGUUCAGGAAUUACUUCAUUUGUAUUCUUCUCAAGAGAGAGCAAACAUCGAAGUAGAAAUUGUGUUUCCAGUAUCUUCGGAUGCAAUUUCUAAGACAUCGAAUGGUUCUCAUCAUGUUGGUUCUUCAAUGGCUACUGAUUUGAAUAGUCUUACUAUUGUUCCUGGUGUGAGUUCUGGCGAAGGCUGCUCCAUUCAUGGUGGUUGUGCCUCGUGUCCCUACAUGAAGAUGAAUACCCUGGGGUCGCUACUUAAAGUUUGCCAUCAGCUUCCUGAUAAAAACAACAAAUUAUCUGUAUACCAAGCUAACAGAAUUAAUGUUAGGACUCCUCUCGGAAAAUCAGUUGCAGAGGUUGGGUGUGAGCCUAUUCUGCAUAUGCGGCAUUUCCAGGACCUUCGCACAGGGGAAGUGAUUGGGACUGGCCGUCGCCGUAGAGCUGCUCCUCGCCUCUACAUCUUGGACUCUUUGCGGCUUCCUUCCUUGGCUACAUCUCCAGCGCAUGUGCUUUCAGCUACCCUUGCUUCUGUUGCGUCUUUUGCCCAGUGGCAUCAUCGUCUAGGUCAUUUGUGUGGAUCUAGAUUGUCUACUCUAAUAAAGUCAGGUUGCUUAGGUCAUACUUCGGUUGAGUCUGAUUUUCAUUGUAAGGGUUGUCAUCUUGGAAAACAAAUACAACUUCCAUAUUUUACUAGUCAUUCUCAUUCUGUUCAACCCUUUGAUUUGGUUCACUCUGAUAUUUGGGGUCCUGCACCUUUUGUGUCAAAAGGUGGAUAUAAAUACUAUGUUAUUUUUAUUGAUGAUCAUUCUCGCUACACUUGGAUUUAUUUUAUGAAACGCCGCUCUGAGCUGAUUUCUAUUUAUAAAACCUUUGCUCGUAUGAUUCACACUCAAUUUUCCACUCACAUUAAAACCUUUCGUUCUGAUUCUGGUGGUGAAUAUUUAUCUGAUAAUUUCCGCCAGUUUUUGACUUCAGAGGGUACUCUUGCUCAGCUUUCUUGCCCUGGUGCUCAUGCACAGAACGGUGUGGCUGAACGCAAACAUCGUCACAUUAUAGAAACUGCUCGCACUUUGUUGAUAUCUUCUUUUGUCCCGUCACAUUUUUGGGGUGAAGCAGUUUCUACUGCGGUUUACCUCAUCAAUAGACAACCGUCAUCCAAACUCUCUGGCAAAACACCUGGUGAAGUUCUUUUCGGAACUCCUCCACGAUAUGACCACCUUCGAGUUUUUGGAUGUACGUGUUAUGUACUAUUAUCACCUCGUGAACGUACUAAAUUGACUGCUCAAUCUGUUGAGUGUGUUUUUCUUGGAUAUAGCCCUGAACAUAAAGGCUAUCGAUGUUAUGAUUCAUCUUCUCGUCGCAUGCGUAUUUCUCGAGAUGUGAGCUUCAAUGAAAAUCGUCCCUUCUUUUACAACUCUUCCACUCAUUCUUCUUUUUAUUCCACAGAGUCUACCUCCUUCAUGAGCCUUCCUCCCAUUUCUGAAACUUCAUCAGUAUCACCACCUACUGUUUCUACUCCAGAUGUCCUUAUUCCCAUCACACCACCUUCCACUUCCACAACAUCUCCGUCUUACUCUUCCAAACCACCUGUCACUCAGACUUACAUUCGUCGUCCUCGCUCUACUCCCACGGCCAGUCCUGAUGACGAUCCUGUUGCUGAUACUUGUACUAACAAUGAUGACUCUCAUGUUGUUUUUAAUCAGGGAUAUCAUCUUCGUGACCGUGGCACUAUUGCAGCUCCAGAACGUUAUGGGUUUUCCCGUGCUGGUGCAGUCAUUGCUGAACCAUCAUCUUAUAAAGAGGCGUCUGGUAUACCUGAGUGGCAGCUUGCUAUGACUGAUGAAUUAAAUGCCCUUCAUCGCACAUGUACAUGGGAUGUUGUUCCGUUACCUGCUGGUGUUGUACCUAUCACGUGCAAAUGGGUAUUCAAGGUUAAAACCAAAUCUGAUGGGUCUAUUGAGCGAUAUAAAGCUCGUCUUGUGGCCAGAGGUUUUCAACAGACACAGGGUAUUGACUAUGAUGAGACUUUUGCACCUGUGGCCCAUCUGACUACUGUCCGAGCUUUACUUGCUGUUGCAGCCUCAUCUUCUUGGACUAUCUCUCAGAUGGAUGUCAAAAAUGCUUUUCUUCAUGGUGAUUUACAUGAGGAAGUCUAUAUGCAUCCACCUCCUGGGAUAGAGGUUCCAUCAGGGCAUGUAUGUCGUCUCCGUCGAGCCUUGUAUGGUCUCAAACAAGCUCCUCGUGCUUGGUUUGAGAGAUUUGUUUCUGUCAUCAAGGCUUGUGGUUUCUAUUCUAGUGAUCAUGAUCCUGCAUUGUUCAUUCAUGUUUCUUCACGAGGACGCACGUUGUUAUUACUUUAUGUUGAUGACAUGUUGAUUACAGGCGAUGAUCCAGACCAUAUUGCUCAUGUGAAGGCGUCUCUGAGCCAAGUACAUACAAGAUCUUCUUGAUCGUUCUGGUCUUAGUGAUACUCGCACUGUUGCCACGCCUAUGGAUCUACACUUAUCUCUUCGUCCGACUGAUGGGACACCUUUGGAGGAUCCAUCUCGAUACAGACAUCUUGUUGGCAGCUUAGUUUAUCUUACUGUCACCAGGCCAGAUAUUGCUCAUGCGGUUCAGAUCUUGAGUCAGUUUGUCUCUGCUCCUACAUCAGUUCAUUAUGGGCACUUACUUCGUGUGCUUAGAUAUUUACGGGGGACAAAAACACAAUGUUUAUUUUAUGACUCAAAUUCCCCACUUCAGCUUCACGCUUACUCUGAUGCUACCUGGGCCAGUGAUCCUACAGAUCGUCGCUCCAUCACUGGUUACUGUAUUCUUCUUGGAUCAUCCCCUAUUGCUUGGAAAUCCAAGAAGCAAGCUGCUGUAUCUAGAUCUAGUACUGAAGCAGAACUUCGAGCCCUGGCUACUACUACUGCUGAGAUUAUCUGGAUUCGUUGGCUCUUGGCUGAUCUAGGCGUUUCUUGUGACUCGCCUACACUUCUUCGCUGUGACAACACUGGAGCUAUACAAAUUUGUCAUGAUCCAGUGAAGCGUGAACUCACAAAACACAUUGGUGUUGAUGUCUCAUUCACUAGAUCUCAUUGUCAUCAGAAGACCAUUGAUCUUCAAUAUGUGCCCUCAGAAUUACAGCUUGCGGAUUUCUUCACAAAAGCACAAACUAGGGCACAACGUCAGUUUCAUCUAAUCAAACUCAAUGCUUCAAAUCCUCCACUUCCGCCUUGAGUUUGACAGGGGGUGUUAAGGCCCAUAAGGCCCAUAUUGCCUAUAUGCCUAUAUAUAUGCUACAGUACCCGUGGGGGUGAUCAUCUCGCCUAAUCCAAGGUUAGUCACAGAG